AUGCAUGAUUUUACUGCGCUUUUCGAAGCGCUUCGAUCAAUGUUCUCGUCCAAUGAACAAAUCGAUACUAUGAAAGCUCAUAUUAUCAUUCAAAAUAAAGACAAUUUGCUCAAUGUCAUAUCGAACAAGCCACGUGAUUCGACGCAUCAUGAUACUAUUGCACGUGCCGAUAGAGAUGGCAUACAAAUUGAAGGAAUACCAGAAAGACGUAAAUUACCAAGAACAGUAAUCGAGGAAUGUUUUGCAUUAAGUGAUUUAUUUGAUAUUGAUGAACAUCAAUCAUUAUUAAUACUUCUAGAAGGCGAAUCACUAUUACCAAACUAUCCAGAUUGUACACGAGGCUUACUUGCCGUACAACUUUAUUAUGAAUCAAAAGAACGUUUAUCAGCUUGUUUGGCCUAUUUAAUGGCUGGUAUACGUGGUCGUACAUUUCAACCGUUAAUUAAAUCAGAGGAUUUGAUUGAUUUUUGUUCACAUUUUGUUGAUGAAUUAGUAUCACAACGUUUAAUUGAGAAUAUUGUUGAUCAACUAAUUAGAUUUCAGUUUUCUACUGAAGAACAAAAAUUAUACUCGAAAGCUGGAUUAGGAAAUGUUCGACAUAGGCGUCGAGUAUAUGAUUAUAUUAGAAAUGUACGGUGUUUUCAAAGUAAAGCAUUAUUUCUAUACAGUUGUCAAGUUCGUUUAAAUCAAUCACAUAUUAUGGCAAUUAUCAAUUAUUUGGCAAAAUAUACAACUGUGCAAGAAGAUGGAGUUAUUGAUGAUUCAGCAUUAUAUUUACUUGGAGCAUUUUUGUACGGUAUCACAUUGAAAACCACAUCUGCAACAACACAAUCAAUUCAUAAACAACAAUUUAGUUUACAAGAAGAUCAACCAUUGAGUCCAUCAACGCCAUUAACAGCCGGAACGACAAUUGAUCCAGCAUUCAUUACAGCAAUUCAUGAUACAUUAACGAGUGAUGAACGUUGGGUAAUACCUGAAUUGAAAGCUGUCUGUCAAUUAGCAUGGGCUAUCACUCUGAGAGCACGUUUACAAGCAUUAACAGAAGCUGGUAUAAAUAAUGCUGAAGAUAUUGAAACAUUGGCAGAUAUGGCUGUCGAAUCACAUGUAUUCGCUUUUAUGAUACAUACUGUAAUAAAAAGCCCGUUAUUUCAACAAGAGGAAUUUAUCAUUAGACGAUUUCAUGUGUUAUUUGUCGAUUUUAUCUAUUAUUUACCAUUCAAGCUUAAAGAAUUACGUGUUCAGGCAGAAGAUACUGCGCGUACAAUAGAAGAUUGUGAGCGAUUUGGCAAAGUAUUACCGGAUAAUUUACCACGUGAUUAUGAAUAUUUACUUGAAUUAUUGUCCAAAUUUUACGCUAAUGAUCCAAUGAAAUUACAAUUAUGUGAAGAAUUUUGGUGUGCAUCCGAUGCUCUAGCUCAACAACGAAUGAUUAAUCCUCCAACACAACAACAGGUUGCUUUAUCAAAUUUUGUUGAAUCUGCUGGUGGUACAUUGUCAGCCUAUUUAUAUUGUCAUUAUAUGCAUAUGUUAGCUGGAAUAUCGUCAACUCAAUUGAGUGCUCACGCUUGUUUCUCACUAUUACGUUUUGCUAAAGAUACUGGUGGUCCAACUUGUUGGAAUAGAAUAUUUCAAGCAUUUCAAUUAUAUCGAAAUACCUAUCGACCAGAAAUUAUUCUUAGUCAGCAACAACAACAACAACAACCACAACUUCUUGGCUAUACACGUUCACCAUCCAAAACAAUAGCACCCAAAGAAGUUACGGCAUUACUUGCUGUUUUGAAUUUAAUUGAAGUUAUUACAACACAAGAUGAAAUAUCUCGUAUUAGCUUUUUUGAACAUUCUCAAUGGCAAAUAACAUCAUCGUUUUUUGGAUUAAUUAGUUGUAAAGUAUCAUUAGAUUUAAAAUCAUCAUUAUUCAAUACAUUGGCUGCAUUUACAAAAACACCAGAAAUAGCCGUUCAGUUUUGGAAAUUAAUUGGUGAUAUUGAUUUAUUUGCACCGCUUGAACAUCAUGAUGUACCAGCUAUUGUGUUCGAAAUUGAAGAACAUGAGGUGCCAUCACAAAAAUAUCCAUUUCUUCGUUCAUGUUUAAAUUUUUUAAAACCAAUAUUAAUAACACAAAUUAAAUUAUAUUCAAAUACGGAUACACGUACACUUGGACAUUGUGUCGUAUUUCUCGUUAAUCAUGUACUAUUAAAAUUACCGGUGCGAAUAUUUAAAUCUUUGCAAGAAAAAUGGCAAAUAGCUGAGACUGUUUUAUUUAUAUUAUAUGAAAUUGUCUCUGUACAUUUUUCAAAUCGUCUUAUCGAGUAUGAUAGUACAAAUGAACUACAAAAUGUAUCACCGGCAUCAUUACUUGUAACGGAUUUACUACGUGGUGGAGCACUUUAUACACUGUUAAUAACAUUGAUUAAUGAUGGUUAUACUAAAUUAGCUGAGUAUACGUCAUUUACUGGUGAACAGGAAUUAUCGAAAACAUUAGUUCAUAUUAUGAAAUUAUUUGAACUUAUUACAUUGAACAGUUUAGAUGCAUUACAGUCUGAUAAAACAUCGUCAUUUUCAUUUUCUCAAACACCCAUUGAACGAAUGUUAACUGAAACAAAUACAAAACAACAUGAAAAACAAGAAUUAUUUUUGAAUAUAAUGAGAUUCAUUGACAUGAUUGAUUACUUUCCAUUAUUGGCAUCACAAUCGUUAUCGAUAUUUUCCAAAGCUGUUAGUGAAGAUAAUUUACAAAAACCAUUUUUACGCCUAUUGCCAAAAGAUCAUAAAGACAAGGCACUAUUAAGAAAUGGUCUAGUACGAUGUAUUGAAUUUACCGAACCAGAUUUUGAUACAACUCUCAUGCAUGAUGUGGAUAAUGAUGACUUGUCAUUUUUAAAAUCACAAAUGCGUCAAACUGUUUUAUGGUUAUUAACAAAAUCGAUUCGAUUUCUUACCGCAAAUCAAUCAAAUAUUGGUUUAUAUUUAUGUGGUUUUACUCGUCAAUUACAAUUAGAACCAAUUGAUUAUUAUUUAACAUUAACUGGUAAAAGUUGUCGUGUAAAUAAUUGUCUAAAUUCAAUUUUAUCAUUUUUGGAUGAUUUAUCAUUAACAUCAUCAUCAACACAACUAUUAAAUUAUAAACAAACAAUUCCCAUGUGUUAUGAAGUUUUAUAUAAUCUAUGUUGUACAAAUAAUAAUGUAUGUAAAAUAACAUUUGAUUUAUUACAUGAACAAUAUUUUUUACAAAAACAAAUUCAAUUAUAUUUACCAAUUAUGUCAACAACAGAGGCUUUAUUUAAACUUUCAUUUGAAACUUAUUUAUUACGUUUAAUAACAUUAGAUCUAUUUCAUUUACAAAAUGAUGAUUCACUAGUAUCAAAAAAUAUUAUUCAAACAACUAUUAAUCUUCUAUUUGAUACAAUUGAUAUUAAGAAAAAGAGUCGUUUAACAAAUUUAUUAACUAUGAAUGAUUUUAGUAUUUGUAGUGAUAAACGAUUUGAUUUAUCAACAAAAUUAAAAACACCCAAUAUUGAUAUGACAAAAAUAGAACAUGUACUAAAAGCUUGUACAUAUGUAGAAAAAAAUAAUUUAAAAUUAUAUCGAAUAGAUUCAUUACGAAAAUUUUUAACAAAUGAAUUAAAAUAUAUUCAACGAAUAUCAAUGACAUCAUUAUCAUCAGAUAUUGAACAACAACAACAAUCACAUAAUGAUGAAACAAUAGAAGAUAGUUAUUAUAAUGAUUGUAAAACAAUAAUAUCGUAUGCAAAUCAAUUAAAUAGUGAACAAAUUGAAACAUAUUGGAAAUAUGAAUUUGUUGAUGCUUGGCGUACAUUAAUUGAACUUUUAUUUCAAUUAUCAAAUAAAUAUUAUGAUAAAUUAACUUUUAUUGUUGAAUUAUGUCAUUAUUUAUAUGAAAGAAUACAAAGUAAAACAGAUUUUAGUCAACAACAUGUGAGUCUAUUGGCAACAGUCUAUCUAAUGGCCAUAACAACAUUAAAAAAUGAAUUAACAAACAAUAGUAAUCUAUUAGAAUAUAAAUCAAAAUUUUUAAUUAUCCUAAAAGAAUUAUUGAUAUUAAUUAAUUCACGUUUUACAUCAAUUGCUCGAUCUUGUCUCUAUAGUUCUAUUGCCAGAUGUAUAGAAUUAAUACAAUUUAUCAGUUCAGAUCAACAAGAAUGGUCUACACAUCAAGAUCUUCGACGAGUAUUAAUCCAAGGAUUAACAAAUAAUAGUGAUCUGUUAACAAUUUUAUAUGAUGAUGCAUUAUCCGUUGUGUCAGCAGUUAGAUCGGCAGCUUGCAGCUUAUUAACAUUGUUGUCAUCAAUUGAUUCAUCUGGAGUUGUAUUAUCUCGUUUAAGUCAAACGUUUAUUCGUUCAUUAGAAAGUGAAUUACGUCAGUUAACUAGUCAAUAUGUACAUUCAUUGCAAACACAAGGAACAGUGGAUCUCAAAACAUGGCAUUCAUUCUCGUCCUAUAUGGCACUCUUGUUACGUAUAGCAUCGAUAAACGAAGGUGCCGAAAUACUCAUUUCAACUGAUUUAUUUGAUGCAUUACGACCAAUUGCUGAUUUUAAUUCAGAUGCUCGAGGUUUACAAAAUGAUACGGGUGAACGUAGUGGUCGUUGGAUGUUUGGACGUGCAUUAUCAUUCGUUGUUGAUUUAACUGUCUCAUCCAUAACAAACAUUCGAACAAAAGAUAGAGUUUAUCAAUUCAUCGUUCACUUAUCAAAUUUAUUAAUGAAAUUGCUGAUGAAUCCAAUUGAUAGUUUAUGUUCAUUGCAUGAAAUCGACACCGUUUUGAAAAUAGCCCAUGUUUUAGAUAAAACAGAAAGUGCAUCACCACAAAGCACAAUUGACUGGCAAUUACAACGUUUGCGUCGUUUAUCUCUUCAAUUAAUUGUUUAUUUAUCACGUGAUGAUCUACUUAACCGUCUGUUAUCUCAAGCAUUAGGAAAAGACAAGGAUGAUAUCAACACAUUUCGUAUUCGUCAAAUAAUUACUGCAACAUAUUGGCGUGUGUGUUUUUAUGUUUUUGCCAUUGGCGCAAAAAUGGUUCAAGAAUCGUACGAAUCUGUUACACCUAAGACAGAACAAUUAUUUAAUUUGACUUUUGCUAAUCGUAGCACAGAAAAUUCAUCUGUUUCUAAUCAACCAUCACUUAAUUUGGGUAUGAUUGUUAGUAUUUUACAAGAAGCAACACGUCAUUUAAUUAAAUCACUUGAUAAUUAUGAUUUGAUCAAUGAAAACUUUAAAGAACCAAAAGAAGACAACAAUGAACAGUCUAAAACUGAUGUAUUUAGUAAUUUAAUUCAAACAACAAUAUCGAACAUUGAUUUAACUAUUGAUUCAAAACGAAAAUAUUUGGAAUUGUUUGUUAAUGAAACAUCAUAUUUGAUCAGCACCCUUGAAGCUGGCUUGUAUAUUUUAUGGAAAACACUAUCGAGUGUAUUACAACCAAUCGAUGAUAUUUCUUCGUCAAGGACAAAAAUAAAUUUUUUUCAAUCGUCGCAUACUCAUCAGAGUCAUAAUGAAGAUUAUCGUACAUUAAAAAUGGCUUUACCACAAUAUAUACCAGUUGUAUUCUUGAAUGCAUUGAUUACUACUGAAGAACGUUAUAUUCGUACAAUGAAUACAACAUCAACAUUAAUUAGUCCAUUGACCGUUCGAUUGCAAUCAAUGUUUUCGGAUAAUGCAUAUGAACUAUAA